CACAUCUCAUGUCGUGGUGUAAAAGCAGAACCUUAUCGGGAGAACGCCGAUCCCCACCACAGUAUUCGGCAUCCCUCCGCCCCGUGCCCCUCACAACCUGAUAGACCCUCCCUUACGGGAGGUAUAUACCCCUCUUUUGUGGAGGAACAUCGUCGAGUCAGCCUGCCCACUCGGAGGAAGUCCGAUUUGUCCCAGUUUAUGACGAUGCUUCCGCGACUUUUGAUUCUGUUGUUGGAUCGCAUUUGUAUUUUGAGUUUUAAUUCUUGAUGUGUGUAACCUUUAAAAGUUCCUCUCAAUCCUCUAACCUAUUUCUCCCCUCCUCCUUCUUCCUCUUUGUUUACUUCCCAAUCUCAUCAUUUCAUCCCGAUUCCGCAAUAUCACUUAAAUUUCUUGGAAUUCGGCCGAGGACUCGAAAAUCCAUGAAUCCUCUUCAUGGCUACCACCAAACCACUCUCCGAGAACAAAAGUACGGCUAUCCUCGAUGCAGCUGAAAAGGGGGGGUACGGCAUCAUAGCUGUAUGCUGCUACAACCUUGAAGAAAUCGUCGCCACGGUUCGCGCCGCAGAAUCCAGCUCCUCACCAGCAAUGGUCCUCCUCUUCCCCUGGGCCAUGCAAAAGUUCUCGCACCUGCUCGUCAACCUUGCCGCCGACGCCUGCCGCUCAGCCAAAGUCCCCAUCUCACUGCAUCUCGACCACUGCCAAGACGUCGAGAUGGUGAAAUACGCUGCAUCGCUCCCUUUCGACUCUAUCAUGAUCGACAUGUCGCAUUAUGAGAAAGAUCAGAACUUACGCCUGACGAGAGAAUUGACUGCGUAUUGUCACGAGAGAGGUAUUGCGACGGAGGCUGAACCGGGACGUAUUGAGGGCGGUGAGGAUGGUGUGAAAGAUACGGCUGAGCUUGAAGGCAUCAUGACGACGCCUGAACAAGCUCAGGAAUUCAUCGACACUGGGAUCGAUUACCUCGCUCCUGCAUUCGGUAAUGUGCAUGGUGCGUACAGCAGUAAAGGACCGCGUGCACAUCUACAGUUCAAGCGGCUCGAGUCUGUACAGAAAGCGUCGAAAGGGAAGGUACGCUUGGUGUUGCAUGGAAGUGGGAGUUUUACGGAAGAUAUCUAUCGGGAUUGCAUACAGAGAGGAGUCUCAAAGAUCAAUGUUAAUGCGCAGUUGGUUGAGCCGUGGGCGGAAAUGAUGGAAAAAAGGAAGACUUUCACGCCUCUUACGGAGUUGGUGGAGGAUAGUAUUGAAAUUUUCCAAGAGGAGGUGGUAAAGUUGAUGAAGAUGGCAGGCAGUUGUGGGAAGGCUUGAGAGAGUGGUGUACCCAUGUAGGACAUGGUUCAAUAAAAGUUGGGACCGAAACCGAGAAGUGUUUUGUCGAUAUGCUUCUAGCUCUUGUUGACGUCUCGAGUCCCCUGUGUAGAACAAAAUAGUACUGCGCCUUGAGUAAAUGAAAAAUACGGGAAGCUAAGCGAU